AUGAAUCUUAUCCAAGAGAUCCGACAGAACAUCACUUUACAUGAACAACUGUCGACCAGCGAUGAUAGCACUGAAGACAUUAUAAUCAACGGUAUAGUUUCCGAGGAACUUGCUAUCACACUUCUUAAAGGAUUCUCGAAAUUAUCCAACCGCUGGUUAUUCAUGAGUACAGACCCCGUCCAGCUACGCACCAAAUCGCAGCUCCUAUUUGGUACUUGUAUUUUGGCCGGUCUCCAUAUCACCCCCUCCUUACAUGGUUCAUCAACACAUCAAGCUUUGUAUCGCCAUAUUCACGGACUGCUGGGUCAGGCACAUCUUUCUUCCGCUGCCUCGCUCGACACAAUACAGUCGAUGUUGAUUUUCUCCAUGUGGGACCUACGGCCAACUUUGGGCCCAGACCACGGUACCUCGUGGCUUCUCAGUGGCACGGCGGCUAUGCGGGUGAUUAUGACUACUCCCUUUGGGCAGCUUCCAAAUACAAGCGACGCCGGUGGACGCGAACGAGCCCAAGCACAAGAAAUAAUGCGCACUUGGAACUUGAUUUGCCUAUGUCAGCUACAGUUUUCUGUUGGCUCUGGUCGUCCACCCAUCAUAUCUAGCCAGUACUUUGACGAAUGCAUUAAAGUCCUCGAUUUUCCAUCAUACAACGCGCGGGAUGAACUUGUAUUGGCUGGAGUCAGGUUAUACCGGCUCCUUUGGGAUACUAUAAGCUCCAACGUGAUACAAAAGGGAAGUGCUGUUUGGCCCGAAAUCGACAACUUGCGAAAGUCCCAGGAGAACAUUUACAAGCUCGAUUCCUCUGAACCACUACGGUUUGCAUACUCCUGCGCAUACCUGAUCCUGGCACGUCGCACACUCCAACAUAUGAGCGAAACUCAACCCGAGGAAAUUAGCAACUCCAGAACAACACCAGAGGAAUCAACACUCCCGUUAAUUCGGUUCGCGAUUAGCCAGUCGCACGAACUCUUGAACCUAUUUGUCUCCAUGUCAGAUUUGACCACUUAUAUCCACCCUGCUUAUGAAAACGUGCUAUGUUCCUUUGCGAUGGUGACACUGGCUGAGUUCGUGUCCCAUUUAGAUGACCUGGGAAGUGUAAUUGUUCUCAUGGAACAAGCUGUUUCGCAUAUUCAAUGUGGAGGCAAAGCCGAGCCUGUGAGCCGGUGGUCUCUAAACAUCAUAAAGCAGCAUGUUGCAGAUAGGAUUGAGCAAGAAGAUUGUGUGACUUCGAUGGGAGAGAAUAGCACAGAUAUUUAUAUGCCGCAGUCAGUGCAACAUGCUACUGAGCCCUGGGUUUGUAACGAAUGGGGUAUCGAACAGGAGUUUCCAUCGCUUGAAGAUAUGUUCUUUGGUAAUAUGAUUUGA